AUGAAACACACAAUCAAAGCGCUAAGUCUUGAAGUUGUUUCGAAAGCUAAGCAGUACUAUAAAGAAACAAUACAAUUCGUCUUCGAUUCACGGAAUGAAUGCAAAUCUUUCUGGAAGAAAUGCGUUGAACAUCAUGCGUUCUUUCGUUGCUCUGCUGCCGAUUGUACUAGAAAGGAUAAUCGCCUGUUUAGCAAAGGAUCUUCCUUUAGGCCUCUACGUUCAGCGGCUUCACCACGCUGUCCUCCUCCGUUCGCUUUAUAUUCAGUGGUGUCAGAGCGGAAGAAGAAUGGAGGCUCCCAUCCCACUAUCUCCCACCUACCAAAUCAGUCACACUCCCAAGAUAAUGCAGGUACCUUAGAUGCGCGUGGACAUCGACACGACAAAGAGUGUGCUGAACAUCAAAAACAUCGUACAAAACAAAAAAUUCCCAUCCCUAAAGAACAGCAGCAUGAGAAAGAGAAUGUAUCAAUUUCAUUGCCUAAUGUGCUUAGUGAUGACAUACAAGUUGUUUGUAGAGAACUAGAAAUUGAAAGUACCGAGCCUCCUAAGUCACUCUCGGGUGACAAUUUUAAUAACAUACGACCAGACUAUGAUAACCUUAGUGAAGACUCGUAUAGACUUUCUGAUCAUGAACGCUCAACGAAGUCAGAUGUAGGCAUGCCAUCCAGACCAGCCUACAGCGCCAACUUCAACACCAAACGUGCUGGUAAUGUUGUAGUGAAACGGGUAAUUUCACAGUCAAAGUCAACACCUCAGUCUACGGACGAGGAAGAUUCGGCUAGUAAUUCUGUCGCUUCUACGUCAACUGGUCGCCGUCGACUGAAAGAGUAUCCAUUUAACUCUACAAGCUUUGUUCCAAUUGAAAUUGAUGGCCCCAAUGUUGACAUUUCUGUCAGAAGAAGCACUGGGCCUAUCUACACCUCAACAGGGGCUUUACUUUUGAAGCCGAAGGUUAUUUCUACACAUGAGAGCGAGUACUCAUCCGUGAAAAUCGUUCCAGAACAGAUCGCACCUAGCACUUCCACGACAGCUCCUCAACAGCAGGCUCCACAAAAGCAGUUGCCGAUGCAUUCCGUUCAGCAUCAGCCGAAGCAGCUUUCACAGCAAGCACAGAAGCAGAUUCCACAGCAGCCUGUUGCUCACAUCGCUCCAGUCAGCGAAGUGGAGCCAAUUUAUGGAGCGAGAGGUCCUCUUCCCGGAAAAGUCAUCACUAAGGAGACUAUGGUCAUCACACCUAAUGUUAAAAGCGAGGACAGUCCAAAUGUUGAAAAGUGCCAUCUUUUCAACAGCGAAAUUCCUUACACGCUAACUUUAAGGAAAGUUGAUAGCGCUGAGUCCCUUUCACUUACGACCUUCAAGGACAAGCCAAAAGAAUACGAUACAGGAUCGCUAAGAAAACUGAGUUUACACGAAGAAAUGGAGAAGUUGGAGGGAGUGCUGGGAGUCAACGUCAUUGCUUCCGAAAAAGAACAGAAAGAAGAUUCGGAAGGCAGUGAUUCACUUCCUCCCCCACCGGAGACUGUAGUGAAACCAGCUCCCCCACCACCACCUCCGAAACCCAAAGCGGUAGCCGAGCAUGUUGCAGAGUUGAAGACGUCCGUUAUCAUGACAUCUGUGGUAAAGUCUGAACCCAAAGAAGAGGUGAUUGUAUUCAUCCUGAGACGUUCUGUGUGA